GCUUUUGCAGGGUGUAGCCAGUGUAACCGCCACAAACGGCCCCCAACGUGGUCUCGGAGAGUUCGUUGCACGGAACGGGAGAUCUGCAGCUCGCGCGGCUUUCCUUUUCCUGCAAGGCGAAAUCCUACAAUCGCAAUACAACACAAUACAAUAAUUCCAGCUGCAAAGCUUCAUAGCGCGUCGCGCGCUCAGCCACAGCAGGAGCAGCCGGCGCCAAGAGGCUAGAUCUCCCAGGAGUGCCAAAGUUUAGGCGAUGGGAUCCGCGUUAAGCAGCGACAGUCGGGAGGUGGCGAACCCUCUCCAGAUAGCAGAAGAGGAGAAGCAGCCGCAAGUCCCAUCUUUUGACUGCUCCAUCUGUUUGGAGGUGCUCCACCAGCCCGUAAGGACGCAGUGCGGCCACGUAUUUUGCCACUCCUGUAUUGCAGCAAGUAUAAGGAAUAAUACAUGGACAUGUCCCUACUGCCGGGCGUUUCUUCCUUCUGAAGGGAUUCCAGCAACUGAUAUUACUAAGAUGAUGAAAAAUAGACACCAAAAUUGUACAGAAUGUGGAACACAGGUACUCCUCAGUGAAAUGCGAGCUCAUCUGAGAACUUGUGACCAAUAUAUAGAGAAAUAUGGGCCCCUACAGGAAGUUGCAUACCCAGACACAAGAUAUCCGUGCCCUUUCUGCCAGUAUUCAUUGGAUGAAGAAGAUUUUCUGGACCAUUUUCUCACUUUCCACAGAUCUGACAGGAGAGCAGUGUACUGUCCAAUUUGUCGCUUAUCACCUGGUGGUGGUUCAAGUUAUUGCAGCAGGAAUUUCUUAAGGCACCUUCAGCUCAGACAUACGUUCUAUUAUGAAGACUAUAUAGAUAUAAGUAUAGUGGAAGAAGCUCUCGUUGAAAGAGUUCUAGAUCGGUCGUUAAUAGAGUAUAUGCAUGUGCCUAAUCCAAAUACGGCGUAAUCCUAUCAAAGUUUGGAAGAAAUACCAAAUGGAUUCGUUACACUGUGAAUUAAAAUGUUGCUUGUAAAGUAUUAUUGUCAACUUCUUUAGGAUUAUACUUCAGCCUCCCUAAUAACAAAUUAUACGUAUUUAGCAUUGUCAAAAUUCAUUAU